UGGUAUACAAGUAUUGACUGGACAGCAUGGUGACUACCCAGCUAGAAAUAUUCUUGAAAGCUCCGAAUCUUUCUGGAUAUCCUGUGGAGUGUAUCCACAGAUACUGGAUAUCAGCUUCCCAUCUUUAUCCAGUAUUAUGGAGAUUGGUAUCCAUGCAGCCAAUGUGAAAAAGAUAACAAUCCUGUCCAGCACUGAGGACAAAUUCCAGUUCAAAGAAAUUACAAAAUCAAAACUAACAAGUGGAGAAGGGCGGAAGCAAAACGAAACCUUGUAUAUAGACGAAAAAGCAUCUUUAAAGGCAAAACAUAUUCGAAUACGCAUUGACUCUGGUUAUCAUCAUUUUGUCGGUAUUUAUCAUAUUAAGGUGAUGGGAGCUGGAGCCGGAGAAUCAACUUCAGCUACAUUUACAGCAGGACAAAUGGGAAUUCAGGAGAGUCCUUCCCAGAAUUCCAGAGUGACAAGUGGGGCUGUAAGGGCGGGAAAACAGAGUGCUCUACAGAGGAAACCUAGUAGUAUAAACAGGAACCAAAGUAUAGGACAACCACCACCAGGGCCUAUACAGAAUAGUGUUAGAGGAUUUUCUGAUAAUGGAGACUCAAUGCCAUUGCCAAACAAUGGAUUCAAGCUUGGUAAUAAAGAGACGCUCAUUCCGAAAUAUGGGAAUGAUCUUCCGUCAGACGAUGACACUGGCUUAAACAAUGAUGAUGAUAUUUCUGCUUUUGGCAAUACGGCGUCCAAUUUUGGUAAUAACGGUACAAAACCCAAAUUUGGCAAUAAUGUAACCAUUCCUCAGUAUGGCAAUGAUGAAACCAUUUCUCAAUUUGGUAAUGAUGACACAAUUUCUCAGUUUGGCAAUGAUGAUACAAUUUCACAGUUUGGAGAUGGUAUCACUAUGUCAAAGUUUACAAAUGGCAAUGGAAUCUCAAAAUUUGUCAAGCAGGAUUCAAUUUCUAAAUUUGGCAAUGAGGAUUCAAUUUCAAAAUUUGGAAACGAUGAUGCAAUAUCAACCUUUGGCGAUGAUGAUUCCGUUUUAAAAGUAGGAAACUGUGAAAAUGAGGACGGGGUUUCAAAGUUUGGCAAUUAUGAUGCAGUAUCAAAUUUUGGCAAGAAUGAAGCAAUAUCGAAAUUUGGAAAUGACGACGCAAUUUCAAAUUUUGAGAAUAGCGAUGCAAUAUCAAAAUUUGGAAAUGAUGAUGAAGUUUCCAAUUUUGGAGUUGUAGAAAAGUUUGACAAUGAUGACAAUGAUGGCGAUGAUGUUGAUAACGAUGACGUUGACGAUGACAAUGUUUCUGGGUUUGACUAUGACACAACAGAUCCAUUUGGCAAAGAUGACACUUUCUCUCUCUAUGGGAAUAAAAGAGAGAAAACUGAGGGAGCUGAAAAUUCAAGAUUUGGAAUGGAAAAUAAAAUCUCAAAGUUUGAAGCAAGUGAUGAUGAUGAUGAUGAUGAUAAAAACUAGGAUUUGAUUUAAUAAAUUUGACAAUGGAUA